ACGAAGAAUAAGUACAAUCCGACAUUCACUUCACAUUCAUGCAACGGCAGAUAACAGCAGAAGAACAACUCCUCCGCAAUGGAUCCAGCCAUGGCAACCGCACCUCCUCAGGACAACAGCACAAGCACAACCUUCCCUCCAGAACCCAAACCAAACAGAUGCCACCUCCUCUCCCUCCCAGCAGAACUCCGCACCCAAAUCUACGAAGAAGCUCUCUCUCCCACCGCCACCCUCCACCUAACCUCAACAAAGACCAAACGCCACGCAACACUCCCAAUUCUUGCUCCUCCACUCAUCGCAACAAAUCACCAAAUCAACCAAGAAUGCUCUUCCCUCCUCUACUCCAACAACGAAAUCUGCAUCAUAAUCGACGCCCACGACACAUGCUGGCCCAUAAUUUCCGAAACCCGUCUCCCACAAUCUGUUCUCGAGAAACUAGAACACGUUUUCCUGGUUCUGGAUUGUACUGCGUCUUUUCGAGCAGAUUAUGAAGAUGUGGAUUUCACUGCUUUGGAGGCGUUGAAGAGUCUCAAGACUUUACGUUUGGCUGUUGUUUAUGAUAGUGCUAGUGGUUUGAGGGAGAUUUACGAGGAGUUUAACCCUUUGACGGAGAUUUUGAGCAGAGUACCAGCGAGCACGAGGGUUCUGUGUGGGGUUGCAGAAGGCAGCCAACAGGCGGAGUAUCUUGCAGAGGCGGUGCGGAAGAAGAAGAUGCCGGUCACGCAAUGGACGAAUGGGAACGGGAACCUCAGAAACGCGAUUGAAGAUAGGGCCAUCAGUGUGAUUGAAUCAGAGACAUUGAAAGCCGCUGUGGCAGCGGUGGAAGACGACGUGCGUGGCACUAAGCUUGGAGCUCACGGUGAUGUGUUCUCUGCAUACCGUGCUGAACAAAGAACUGUGACGUUCCGCAGUGCUGUAUAAGCUGGGUCUGCCUGCCAUUCAACCAAAGCCAUCUGUGUGACGUGCUGCACAGCCGCAACAACAUAUUGGUCUCCUCCACGACAGACAUCAAUGACGACAGCAACCACUCGAUGCAAGUCUACUUGCCGAGAGGUCAAUCUAGCAAGCUCUCCUCCU